ACUCUACUACUGGAGCUAGGAUAGCAGCUCAUCACCAUAAUGGAUAAGGAGGACAUCGUAAUAAAUGAUAAAAAACAAUUACGCAGAGAAACACCUUUGUUAAGACAUAUUCAGGACCUUAGUAGCCGUGUGUGGGUUCUUCACAACAAUAUCCUCACUGUAGUCCCUAGGAAAGAGCAAACAGUCCCAGUCACUGUCACUUUACUCCCAUGCCAAUAUCUGGAGACUCUUGAGAUGAACAGAGGGGAGCCCAUGUAUCUGGGACUGAAAGAUCCUGAAUGUUGCCUGUUCUGCACACAGGAAGGCCAGCAGCCGGUGCUGCGGCUUAAGGAAGGGAACGUACUGGAGCUGUACAGCCAAAGGGAAUCUGUAAAACCUUUCCUCUUCUAUCACAACAAGAGUGGCACAACAUCAACGUUUGAAUCUGCAGCCUUCCCUGGCUGGUUCAUCGCUGUCUGCUCCAAAGGAAGCUGUCCGCUCUUUCUGACCCAAGAACUGGGGAAAACCCACAUCACCAACUUUGAGAUGACUGUGGUGGAGUAA